UGGUAGCAUCACGAACAAGAAUUGUACAAUUAUUUUAUAUAUAUACGUAGUAUGGCAACAUUAUAGUUAGCUUUCAUCAGUAUUUUGGCCGCAUUUGAAGAAUUUUGUGCUACAAAUUGUAACAAAAAAAAUUUCAAGUUUGACAACAAAUUCGAGAAGUUUUCCAGCCCUCAAGAUGCAUUUUCCAUACAUGAAAAUAGCCAUUUACGUGCUGACGUUUCUCACAUAUGCCUAUUCUGGCUAUGGCUCCAGCACUUUAGUGCAUCUGCGAGACGCCAUCAUCGCGGCGGAGGCAAUAUUCGGUGAUGUAUUUAAGAAUUUAGUGACGGUUGUUAAAAAAUUUCGUACUGUGCAUGAGGUAUUCGAUGCAGCAGUGGAUGAGAAUUGCAUAUACAAAUGUCUGGGAGCAGACGGCACACCAACAGACGUGCGUCCGGUACAGAACAAACUCUAUACACCCACCGCCAAUGGCUGUGGCUCACUUGGUCUGCACAUCAACACCGAAUACUUGCCUGCGGUCGAAAUGGAGAACUGCUGUAAUGAGCAUGAUAUAUGCUAUGAUACUUGCAACAGCAACAAAGAUCUUUGCGAUUUGGAUUUCAAGCGCUGCCUUUACAAAUACUGCGAAACCAUUGAGAAAUCUAUUGGCAGUGAAUAUCUCAUAACCGGCUGUAAAGCAGCAGCUAAAGUGCUAUUCACGGGCACUUUAACGCUGGGUUGCAAGUCGUACUUGGACUCACAGAAACGCUCGUGCUACUGUGCGCCACCGAAGCAAUCUAAGGAGGAAGAGCGACGUAGUCAUAAUGGUUAUAAAAAUGGCAACGGCGAUAAAUAUUACAAGCAGGGCAAAAAGCAGAAAUAUGGUUGGAAGGAGACGGGCGAUAUGUAGUGUGAAUUUUAUUAUUAAUUAUCGGCUUAAGUUAUUUGUUUUCGUGUUAAUUAUCGAACGCACAGUUUGAAAAAUAUUCAUGUAUAUAUUUAUCAGCAAUAUUAUUUAAUAGUAUUUUGAAUGUAGAGCUUUAAAAGGUAGAUGAUGAGAGAGAGACAUCCCUGGCCAAAUGCAGUUUUUAGAUUUAUAAGAUUUCGAAGAAUUUAUUUUUGAUCAGUAUAAAGUUGCUUGUGCAUACACACAUACAUACAUAUAUAUGUUAACUGUUUUAACCAACGAACUUGUCCAAAGCGAAGAUUUUGUAGAUUUUAUUACAAAAUAAAUGUAAAAUGAAAUAAAAUGGAAA